UGUACUGCACAAGUGGUCAUUUUACAUGAUAUUUGACAAGUUAUGAAAUUAAUGAUAGGAUGAAAUUUAUUAUGAAUUAAAUAUCUACAGGGAAUAGUGAAAUGAAAUGAAUAACUUGAUCAAAAAAUGGACCAGUGUAUCUAAAUCAUGGAAAAUCUUGACAGUUCUAAUAGUGUUUGCAGCUUAUUUAUACAUGCUGCCAUCACCAAUAGACCCUCCUGCAUACAGGUAUCCAAAGCCUCCAAGUUUGACAGGAGCACUCCAGAAGAAUUCCAUUCUACAUAAAGCUGAGCAGUUAUUUAAAGGACAAAUCAUUGGUCCUGAAUCAUUUGCAGCAAAUAAAAAUGGUACAAUAUUCACUGGACUUGCUGAUGGUAGAGUUGUUGGCUUUAAAGGAAAUGACAUUUGGGAGAUUACAAGAUUUGGAAAGAAAUUGCCUGAAUGUGGAUCAUUCCAAUUGGAACCAAUAUGUGGCAGACCUAAGGGAAUGAAGAUUGACAAGAAUGGUGAUUUACUGGUUCUUGACUCUUAUACAGGACUAUAUAAAGUUUCUGUAGAAACAGGGGAGAAGAAGCUACUGGUAUCUAGUGCUAAAGGCUUUGAUAACAUCCCAUUCAAAUUCCUAAAUGGUUUAGAUAUUGACAGUGAAGGAAUGGUAUACUUCACAGAUUCCAGUACUAAAUGGGAUAGAAGGAAUUACAGAUACGAGGUAAUGGAGUUGAGAAACACUGGAAGGUUUCUAAGAUACAAUCCUGACACAGGUGAAUUAAAACUUCUCAUGGAUAACAUGUAUUUACCUAAUGGUGUGGCCAUCUCAGCUGAUGGAAGUUUUAUUGUGAUAUCAGAAAUGAACAUCUGUCUAUUACGUAGAUAUUACCUGAAAGGACCAAAAGCUGGACAGUCAGAUAUCUUUGCAGAAAAUUUACCUGGAUAUGCAGACAAUAUUAAGCUGAAUAGCCAUGGUAACUUUUAUGUUGGACUAGGAGCAGUACGAUAUGAAGGCAUCAGCCGAUUAGGUCCAUUCCUAGAUUUAGUAGGGCCAUAUCCUACCUUAAAAAAGUUUAUUGCAAAGGUCACACCAUUGGCUUUGUUUGAUGUAUUUAUUCCUAAACAUUCCAUAAUACUGGAGUAUGAUAACAAUGGUAACAUAAUAUCUAGUUUACACGAUCCCACAGCUCAAGUGAUACCUGCUGCAGGAGAAGGAUUUGAACAUGACAACAUAUUAUAUAUUGGAAACUUUAAAAUACCUUUCAUAGGCAAACUUAAAUUAGACAACUUGAAUAAUGAUUAAAAUAUAUGUUGAAAAUAUAUUUCUGGUUUUAUACUUAUAAAAAGAUGAAUGAAUAUUUAUGUAUAAUUUAUAUAUUAAUGAAUGGGUAUACAUGGCAUAUCUGCUGGUUAACUCACUUAG